AUGAGCUCCGAAAAACGUUCAAGUCUAUUAAACGAGAAACGAACAAGUGUUCAGAUGAAGACCAGCUUCUCACAAGAGGUCUACAAAACUCCGAUCAAACAAAUUCUAACAGCUCCUUCACAAUCGCAUUCAAGGAUUACACCAGGAGGACAGGUCAGUUGAUAUUUUGAAAAAAUGAUAAACAAGAUAAAAUCAUAUGAUUAUUGAGCUCUUAAAUUAGCUUCCGAUGAAGUUAAGGGAACUUCUGAUUUGUUUUUCUAACAAUUUUGUCUGGGAAUAGCCUGAAAUGCCAAUAGGCUCUUCAGGGACUAUGGGCCUUUUUUUGGAAAUAUUUUAAAUAUGAUACGAAAAUCUUCUUACUAUUUCUGUAUUUUUCCAAAAAUAAAAAAUUCCACUAUUUAUCAAAACAUAUUUUGACAGCUCCAAUUAUUUACAAAUCAAACAUUUCCAGUGAAAAACAAAACGAAAAUCCCAUCAAUUUUAUAUGAUAUCAUAAAUUCAAUCCAGAAAGGGCAAAACAAAACACAUGUGCUUUUUCUUAUAAAAGAACGAAGAAAAAAUAAAGAGAGAGUUGGACAAAAACAUCUUAAUUGUUUUGCAAUUAGUUGUGCUUUUUAGAAAAAAGCGAAAAACAUUCUUGAAACAGCGAAAAAAACCAAUGUGGGAAUAUAUACGAAUUUUUUCGGGGCAGAAAAUCGAGCAGUUUGAAACACUUACGAAAAAAUGUAUCAAAAAUAAAAUCUUCUCAGCUUUGUAUUAACGAAAUUAUAUAAAAGUUUAAAAACAUUCCAAUAACCGAGAAAAAAAUCUCGAUUCAUAUCAAAAUUUUUUGAAACGUAUUUAUUCAAUCAGAUUUUUUUUUGAAAACAAAUUUUGGGUGAUAUUUUUUUCGGAAAAUUUUAAUUUUAGAUUUUUUUCGGAAAACUUAAAAUUAUGGGGGCGAAUUCGCCAAAGAGCUGCUUGAAAUUCCAAAUUCAAAAUUCAAAAUUCAAAAUGUUUUCAAUUUUCCAGCUAUUCCUAUGUAUAUUGGGCCUUAUUAUCAGUAUUGCAAUUUGUGUUUGGGCAGCGGGUUUCAGUCGUGAAAGUGGAUUGCGGAGAGCCGUUUUUGCGUCGGCCGCCGCGUUUUGUGGUCUUCUUUUCGCAUUGCUCACAUUUAUGACUAUUCGACGAGCGAAAAAGUGAGUUUUCGGGUAAAAUAGUGGUCUAGACAAAAAUUGUUGUAAUUUUGUAUUUUUCAUGUUCUGAUUGAAUGUCUAGACUCUCUCAAUUUCCCGUUGUCUCUAAACAUUUCUGAAGAUCUUGAAAUUUCCUGUUCAAUUUCAUAGUUAAAUCCGCACAGCCCGAUUAGAAAAAUCUUCAGGUCCAAAAUCUGAGAACCUUCAGAAAACGGAAAAUUCUAAAAGUUUUGGAUUUCAAAAAUUCAGAAAAAUAAAUUCUAACGAUUUUUCAGGACAUUCAAAUGAUUCAAAAAUUACGGGAAAAAAAUCUAAAAAUUUAGUUUUUUUUGACAACGAAAUCCGGAUUCCAAACUUUUAAACAAGAACUUCAAAGUUCUGAAAUUCUAAAUUCCAAUUCUGAGCUAAAAGUCCAAAAGCCAACAACCCCUUUUUACAGUCCACCAGAGCCCGAAACUCUUCCCGAUCUCUCGCAACGUCGUUCAACAAUCGGAGCGCGUGUUGGCAAGCGAUCAAUCGCAGCUGGCAUGGCCGGCGUCGAUGACAGCCCUUCCCAAGUUCUUGUGACCGGUGCACGCGGUUCAAUCGCUUCCUAA